AUGGUGGGUGCUGACAUGGAAGCACGAGGAACUGCCCGAGCUGACUGUCUGCAGGCCGCCAACUCUCAAGGUAUCCAGACCCUGCUCGAAGCCGAGAAGGAGGCUUCCAAGGUCGUUCAGAAGGCCAGGCAGUACCGAGUCCAGAAGCUAAAGGACGCUAGAUCCGAGGCUGCCAAAGAGAUCGAAGCGUACAAGGCGAAGAAGGAGGAAGAGUUCAACAAGUUUGAAUCAGACCACACGUCCCAAACCACCUCCUCUCAAACCAACAUCGACAGCACCACCAAGACCCAGCUCACCAACCUCGACUCUUCGGUUGAAAAGAACAAGGGAGAGGUCAUCAAGAAGAUUGUCGGAAGGGUCCUUCAGAGUGAUCCCCAUUUGCACCCCAAUCUGAAGAAGAUUGAGGCCUAG